CCCCAGCCAAAAGGGGCCAAUUUCGAGCCGACUGAAAAUAUGCAUUUCUCUUAACAAAAACGUCUGAAAAAGCUGCUCAGCCAGUCACACAACUCCGACACAGCGGUUUCCUGUUUAAUCGGCCUGCCUGCACAGAAUCUCUCUCUCUCUCUCUCUCUCUCUCUCUCUCUCUCUCCUCUCACUUUCUCUCUCUCUAUAAUAAAAACCCCAUUAUUCGGACCACAUUUUCACUUGCGCAUUUACACAAACACAUAGUUAGCAAGAGAAGUGACAACAACAAGAAGAAAAAAUGGCGACGGACACAAGUGAGAGAAAGCUAGCUAAGGCGGGCCACGUCGGCGCUCCGGCGCCGGAGCCGGAGCACCUCCCCUGCCCCCGGUGCGACUCCACCCACACCAAGUUCUGCUACUACAACAACUACAACUUCUCCCAGCCCCGCCACUUCUGCAAGUCCUGCCGCCGCUACUGGACCCACGGCGGCACCCUCCGCGACAUCCCCAUCGGCGGCGGCACCCGCAAGAGCGCCAAACGCUCCCGCACAACCAUCGUCUCCUCCGCCACUUCCGGCUCCUCCGCCGCCACCUCCUUCUCGUCGGCGGCUGCUCAUCAGUAUCGCGACUUCGGCCACUUCCCCGCCGCUGCCUCCCAGCUUCUGGUCCCGUUCGCCGCCGCCGCCGAUCACGGCGGCUACAUGCCGUUCAGCAGCGACGUCGCUAAGAUGGGCGGGAGUUUUACUUCCUUGCUGAACAGCAAUCAUGGUGGUGGUGGUGGGAUUCUGGCCUUGGGUGGGUUCGGGCUCGGGCUUGAUGACGUAGGGUUUGGGCUGGGACGGGCCGCGGCGGCGUGGCCGUUUCCCGGGGUGGUGGAAGGUCGUCCGGGCGGUGGAAAUGGUGGCGGGUCGAGCGGCGGAGGGCACACGUGGCAGAUGGAGAAUGGGCAGGGUGGGUUUAUGGGAGGUGGUGAUUGUUUUGCUUUUCCAGAUCUUGCUAUUUCCACACCCGGGAGGGUCCUGAAAUGAUAAAUUGUUUUUUAUUUUAUUUUAUUUUUUCUUUUUUUUUGAAAAAAAAAAUAGUUUCUGCAUAAUCUAGUUGACAAUAUAAUCUAGUGUUUCUAUUGGUCGAAAAUUA